AGCAGGAUGUGAACAAUAGAGGGAGGAGGAGGAGGAGAGACAGGAGACGGGUUGCGCUGUUCUGUAUCCCGGCGGCAGCUCCUGUAUUGCUGUAUAUUGCACGAAGAUGGAUCCGGGGAGUGCCCCCCGGCACCCCACCCGCUGACACGCAGCCCCCCUCCCCCAGUUUUCACACACAGUGGACCCCCUCGGACAGAGCUGCCAGGCAGCAGGAGCUAUGAACCCGGCGGAAGGCGCGGAAGAGGGCGGCACAGACACCGAGGUUGACGCGUUUUUUCGCACAGGGUCUUUCCGGAAUGAUGGCUUGAAAGCUACUGAUGUCCUGCCCACGCUAAAGGAGAAAGUGGCCUUUGUUUCAGGUGGCCGCGAUAAGAGAGGUGGACCCAUCCUGACCUUUCCUGCACGUAGUAACCACGACAGGACACGACAAGAAGAUUUACGCAGACUUGUGACAUAUUUGGCCAGUGUUCCAAGCGAAGAUGUUUGCAAGCGAGGUUUCACGGUCAUCAUUGACAUGCGUGGAUCCAAGUGGGACCUGAUGAAACCUCUUUUGAAGACCCUGCAGGAAGCGUUCCCAGCAGAGAUCCAUGUGGCACUGAUUAUAAAGCCUGAAAACUUCUGGCAGAAACAGAAAACCAACUUUGGCAGCUCUAAGUUCAUCUUUGAGACCAGCAUGGUAUCUGUAGAAGGACUUUCAAAGCUGGUGGACCCUUCUCAGCUAACAGAGGAGUUUGAAGGCUCUUUGGAUUACAAUCAUGAUGAAUGGAUUGAGUUGCGAGUGUCUCUGGAAGAAUUUUUUAACAGUGCUGUCCACUUGCUUUCCCGGCUGGAGGACCUGCAGGAGAUGCUGGCCAGGAAGGAAUUCCCUGUGGAUGUGGAAGGAUCACGGCGAUUGAUAGAUGAACACACACAAUUAAAGAAGAAAGUUAUUAAGGCCCCUGUGGAGGAGCUGGACCGUGAUGGUCAAAGGUUACUUCAGUGUAUCCGAUGUGGGGAUGGAUUUUCAGGACGAAACUGUAUACCGGGAGGGGCUGACUUCCAAAGUCUUGUGCCAAAGAUUACUAGUCUCCUGGACAAGCUGCAUUCCACACGGCAGCACCUCCAUCAGAUGUGGCAUGUGCGGAAACUGAAACUUGAUCAGUGUUUUCAACUUCGUCUCUUUGAGCAGGAUGCAGAGAAGAUGUUUGACUGGAUCACGCACAACAAGGAGGUUUUCCUGCAGGGUCACACAGAGAUUGGAAUGAGUUACCAGCAUGCCCUGGACCUGCAAACUCAACAUAACCACUUUGCUAUGAACUCAAUGAAUGCAUACGUCAACAUUAAUCGCAUCAUGUCGGUGGCUUCCCGUCUGAUCGAAGCUGGUCAUUAUGCUUCACAACAGAUCAAGCAGAUCUCCACCCAGUUGGAUCAGGAGUGGAAGGGAUUUGCAGCAGCGCUGGAUGAGAGGAGUACAAUACUGGCUAUGUCUGCCGUGUUUCAUCAGAAAGCUGAGCAGUUCUUGUCGGGUAUGGAUACUUGGUGUAAACUCUGCAAUGAUGGAGGUCUUCCCUCCGAGAUGCAGGGGCUGGAAAUGGCUAUACAUCAUCAUCAGACACUGUAUGAGGAGGUGACGCAGGCGUACACUGAGGUCAGCCAGGAUGGCAAGGCAUUACUGGAUGUUUUGCAGCGCCCACUCAGCCCGGGGAACUCCGAGUCUCUCACAGCAACUGCCAAUUAUUCUAAGGCCGUUCAUCAGGUUUUAGAUGUGGUGCAUGAGGUUUUACAUCAUCAGCGCAGAUUGGAAAGUAUAUGGCAGCACCGCAAGGUCCGUCUGCACCAACGACUGCAACUCUGCGUCUUUCAGCAAGAUGUGCAACAGGUCCUGGACUGGAUAGAAAAUCACGGAGAGGCUUUCCUGAGUAAGCAUACUGGAGUGGGGAAAUCACUGCACCGGGCAAGGGCUCUUCAGAAGAGGCACGAUGACUUUGAGGAAGUUGCACAGAACACAUACACAAAUGCAGACAAGUUGCUGGAGGCUGCGGAACAGCUGGCUCAGACUGGAGAGUGCGACCCAGAGGAGAUUUAUAAGGCAGCCAGACACCUGGAGGUCCGGAUCCAAGACUUUGUACGGAGAGUGGAGCAGAGGAAGCUGCUACUGGACAUGUCUGUGUCAUUCCACAGCCACACCAAAGAGCUUUGGACCUGGAUGGAGGAUUUGCAGAAGGAACUGCUAGAGGAUGUAUGUGCGGACUCUGUAGAUGCUGUCCAGGAGCUUAUUAAACAGUUCCAGCAGCAGCAAACAGCUACACUGGAUGGGACUCUCAAUGUUAUUAAAGAGGGAGAAGACCUCAUCCAACAACUCAGGGACUCAGCGGUGUCCAGCAAUAAGACCCCACAUAACAGUUCUAUAAGUCAUAUUGAAUCAGUUCUUCAGCAGCUGGACGAGGCUCAGGUACAGAUGGAAGAACUGUUCCAUGAGAGGAAGAUAAAGUUGGAUAUCUUCCUGCAGCUGCGUAUAUUCGAGCAGUACACAAUAGAGGUGACUGCUGAGCUGGACGCCUGGAACGAAGAUCUUCUCCGACAGAUGAAUGAUUUCAAUACAGAAGAUCUAACUUUAGCAGAACAGCGACUGCAGCGUCACAAGGAACGUAAAUUAGCAAUGAACAACAUGACUUUUGAAGUCAUUCAACAGGGCCAAGAUUUACAUCAGUACAUCAUGGAGGUUCAAGCGUCAGGAAUAGAGCUUAUCUGUGAGAAGGAUACAGACUUGGCCACACAGGUGCAAGAACUACUUGAGUUCCUCCAUGAGAAGCAGCAUGAGCUUGAUCUGAAUGCAGAUCAGACCCACAAGCGUCUGGAGCAAUGUCUACAACUGCGCCAUCUACAGACUGAAGUCAAGCAGGUGUUGGGAUGGAUUCGCAAUGGGGAGUCCAUGUUGAACGCCAGUCUCGUUAACGCCAGUUCACUGUCAGAGGCUGAGCAGCUCCAGAGAGAACACGAGCAGUUCCAGAUGGCCAUUGAGUCCCUUUUCCACGCAAGCUCCCUACAGAAAACCCACCAGAGUGCUCUGCAAGUCCAGCAGAAAGCAGAGGUGUUGCUCCAGGCUGGGCAUUACGAUGCUGAUGCUAUUCGAGAGUGUGCUGAGAAGGUGGCGCUACAUUGGCAGCAACUGAUGCUGAAGAUGGAAGAUAGACUCAAGUUGGUCAAUGCUUCGGUUGCUUUCUACAAAACCUCAGAACAGGUGUGCAGUGUCCUAGAGAGUCUAGAGCAGGAAUACCGGAGGGAUGAGGACUGGUGUCGCGGUCAUGAUAAACUGGGGCCAACAACUGACAUGGACCAUGUGAUGCCACUGAUCAGCAAGCACCUGGAACAGAAGGAGGCAUUCCUUAAGGCGUGCACUUUGGCACGAAGAAAUGCUGAAGUGUUUUUAAAGUAUAUUCACCGCAACAAUGUCAGUAUGCCUGGGGUGGCCCCUCACACACGAGCCCCUGAACAACAAGUGAAAGCCAUCCUUAGUGAACUGCUCCAGAGAGAGAACCGGGUACUGCAUUUUUGGACCCUAAAGAAGAGGCGAUUGGACCAGUGCCAACAGUAUGUGGUUUUUGAGAGAAGUGCCAAGCAGGCAUUAGACUGGAUUCAGGAGGCCGGGGAGCAUUUUUUAUCUGUGCACACCACUACCGGGGAUAAUCUGCAAGAAACUCAAGGUCUGCUGAAGGAAUAUGAGGACUUCCGCAUUCCUGCUAAGCAAACCAAGGAGAAGGUACGUCUCCUGAUCCAGCUGGCAGACAGCUUUGUGGAGAAAGGCCACGUUCAUGCCACUGAGCUGAAGAAAUGGGUGACUACUGUGAAUAAAUAUUACAGAGAAUUCUCACUGCGGAUGGGCAAAUAUCAGUGUUCACUGCAGAGAGCCCUUGGAAUCAGCACUGAGGACAAUAAAGAUCUGGAACUCGACAUAGUUCCAGCCAUCUUGACAGACCCAGAAGUGAAACUGCGGGACGCCAGUCAUGAGAUCAACGAGGAGAAGAGGAAAUCUGCAAGGAAAAAAGAAUUUAUCAUGGCUGAGCUGCUCCAAACAGAGAAAGCCUAUGUCCGGGACCUGCACGAGUGUAUGGAGACAUACCUUUGGGAGAUGACCAGCGGUGUAGAAGAAAUCCCCCCCGGCAUCCUAAAUAAGGAGCACAUCAUUUUUGGGAAUAUUCAGGAGCUCUAUGACUUCCACAACAACAUCUUUUUGAAGGAGCUAGAGAAAUAUGAGCAGCUUCCAGAGGAUGUCGGACAUUGUUUCGUCACCUGGGCUGACAAAUUUCAGAUGUAUGUGACAUAUUGUAAAAAUAAACCAGACUCGAGCCAGCUCAUCCUGGAACACGCUGGGAGCUUCUUUGAUGAAAUCCAACAAAGACAUGGGCUGGCCAACUCCAUCUCCUCGUAUCUUAUCAAACCUGUGCAAAGGAUCACAAAGUAUCAGCUUCUGCUCAAGGAGCUGCUGACCUGCUGCGAGGAGGGAAAGGGGGAACUCAAGGAUGGACUGGAGGUGAUGUUGAGUGUUCCGAAGAGAGCCAACGAUGCUAUGCACGUCAGCAUGCUGGAAGGGUUUGAUGAGAACCUGGACGUUCAGGGUGAGCUUAUUCUCCAGGAUUCCUUUCAAGUCUGGGAUCCUAAAUCUCUCAUCCGCAAAGGGAGGGACAGGCACCUUUUCCUGUUUGAGAUCUCUCUGGUUUUCAGCAAGGAGAUAAAAGACUCAACGGGUCAUACAAAAUAUGUUUACAAGAAUAAGCUGCUGACCUCAGAGUUGGGGGUGACUGAGCACGUCGAAGGAGACUCCUGCAAGUUCGCUUUGUGGUCAGGCCGCACUCCAUCCUCUGAUAACAAAACUGUGCUGAAGGCAUCAAGCCUAGAAGUGAAACAGGAGUGGAUCAAAAACAUCCGAGAGGUAAUCCAAGAGAGAAUGAUCCAUCUGAAAGGAGCAUUGAAGGAGCCAAUCCAUCCCCCAAAGACACCAGCAAAGCAGCGGAACAACAGCAAGAGAGAUGGAUUGGAGGAUAUAGACAGUCAAGGUGAUGGGAGCAGCCAGCCAGACACCAUUUCAAUUGCCUCCAGAACAUCGCAGAACACUGUGGACAGUGAUAAGUUGUCGGGGGGCUGUGAGCUGACAACUGUAUUGCAGGAUUUCAUUGCUAUUCACUGUAAUGAACUAAGCAUCCAAGUGGGUCAGACUGUGGAGAUGCUGGAGAGGCCAAGUGACAGACCUGGAUGGUGUUUGGUGCGAACAACAGACAGGAGUCCCCCACAGGAAGGUCUGGUGCCCAGCAGCGCACUCUGCAUCUCUCACUCACGCAGCAGUGUAGAAAUGGAGUGUUUCUUCCCAUCAGGAAAGGAUGCGUUUUCUGUUUCUACGGGAGAAAAUGGUGGAAAGACGGAUUCAGUAGCCAACCUGCAACCACAGUCCUCCCUGAAUUCCAUCCAGAGCUCCCCAGGGCCCAAACGCUCCACAAACACAUUGAAGAAGUGGCUGACAAGUCCUGUAAGGCGUCUAAACAGUGGGAAGGCUGAGAGCAACAUCAAGAAGCAGAAGAAGAGAGAAGGCCGUAAUCUUGGUUCCCCAAGAGCUAGUGAUGACACCACCCCUCAGGGUGACAGUGCGGAUGAGAAGGGCAAGAAAGGAUGGGACGAAGAGGCAGAUGAUGACUCCCACACUCCUCUUCCUCCGCCAAUGAAGAUCUUUGACAAUGAACCGGUGCCAGAUGACAAGCCCUCCUUACUUGUUGCUCGUCAGAGCUCAGCAGAGGUUCCCAGUGCUGCCGAACUAGUCAGUGCUAUAGAGAAUCUGGUCAGGAGCAAGAUGACCAUUGACGGAGGUUCUUAUCGUAGCUCUCAGUUAAAUUCUGUGUCCGAUGGGUAUUCUAAUGAAGGAAUGGCCCCCUCACCUGCACCACGGAACCAUGAGGAGGAACAGAAAGCGAAGGCACUUAGGGGAAGAAUGUUUGUCCUAAAUGAGCUUGUGCAGACUGAGAGAGAUUAUGUGAAAGAUCUGGGUGUAGUGGUAGAGAGCUUCAUUCCCAGGAUACAGGAGAAGGGAACGCCGGAAGAUAUGAAUGGAAAAGAGAAGAUCGUGUUUGGUAACAUUCAUCAGAUCUAUGACUGGCAUAAAGACUUUUUCAUGGGUGAACUCCAGAAAUGUCUUCCGGAGCCAGAGCGUCUCUCCCAGCUUUUCAUUAAACAUGAGAGAAAGUUACACAUGUAUGUUGUGUACUGUCAAAAUAAACCUCGCUCGGAAUACGUGGUUGCUGAGUAUGACUCUUAUUUUGAGGAAGUAAUGCAGGAAAUUAACCAGAGGUUCACAAUCAGCGACUUCCUCAUUAAACCAAUCCAGCGAAUAACCAAGUACCAGCUGCUUCUCAAGGACUUUCUGAAGUACAGUCAGAAGGCCGGCCUGGACUGCUCUGACAUUGAGAAAGCUGUGGAGUUAAUGUGCCUUGUACCAAAACGCUGCAAUGACAUGAUGAAUUUGGGGAGACUUCAGGGAUUUGAGGGAAAGCUGACAGCCCAGGGAAAACUGCUCCAACAGGACACAUUCUAUGUUAUUGAGCAGGAAUCAGGUCUCCAGUCUCGACCUAAAGAAAGGCGUGUUUUCCUGUUUGAACAGAUUGUCAUUUUAAGUGAACUUCUCCGAAAAGGUUCCUCAACCCCAGGAUACAUGUUUAAAAGAGGUAUCAAGAUGAAUUACCUGGUCUUGGAAGAAAUAAUUGACAAUGAUCCCUGCAAGUUUGCUCUGAUGAGCAGAGACACCUCAGAAAGGGUCAUUCUCCAGGCUGCCAAUUCUGAAAUCAAACAUGCCUGGGUGCAGAACAUCAGUCAAGUUUUAGAGACCCAGAGAGACUUCCUCAAUGCUUUGCAAUCACCAAUAGAAUAUCAGCGGAAGGAAAGUAACGCAGCCAUAAACAAGCCCCAGAUAAGCCGAGCACCCACUCCCAGCAACAGACCUCUCUCCACAACACCUAUCAGCUCUGAAAAAUAUGUCAACCUCCCCACUCGGAUCCAGUCUUUACCGCAAAAAAAAAUAACUACCUCCAAUGGCAGCCCAGGGUAUGAACUGUACCAGCCGUCAGAAAAGUACGACUUGAGCCAGAACGAACUGUCUGGGUGUAAUGGGACCACUUCCAUGGCUGUUAUCCAAGACUACUAUGCACUGAAGGAGAACGAGAUCUGUGUUUUCCAAGGGGAAAUUGUACAAGUUUUAGCAAUCAAUCAGCAAAACAUGUUCCUGGUCUACAGACCGUCCAACGACCAUUCUCCGGCAGCGGAAGGCUGGAUUCCCGGCUCCAUUUUGGGGCAAAUUACUAAACCUCCUGCUGAAAAUAACGACAGAAGCAUCAAGUAAGUGCCACAUUGGCUGCCCGGGAACAUUAAAUGGAUUAUGGGGAUUUUCUGCUGAUUUUUUUCACAGUGCUGUUGGAAGAAGCUUUGAAUGUGGAGCGUCGCGGCGUGGCCGCAGCCAUGCGGAUACUCGUUAUUUUAAUUUUCUUCUGAUUUUUUUUCUUUUUUUUUCCAUUUUUCUUUUUUUUGUUAAUAAUUGUACAGAUUUUCAAACCUAGAUGGUAAAGAAAAGUUCUGUAUUGAUUCACCAUAUAGAACGUGGAACAGACUGGACUGGACUUUGUGCCAUGUAACAAUUCUGUAAAUUGGUGAUAAAUCUGCUCUCUGGACUGAGCCCAACUCCUCGAAGAGGAGAUUUGUUAUGUUGUCUGUGGCAAUUUCUAUGUACAGCCUGUCAUUAUAUUUUCCUUUUUAUUUGAACAUAAUUUUCUGUUAUUUUAAUAUAUAUGUUCAUGGUAAACUUGUAAAAAUAUUUUUGUUUGCAAGCCCCCCUUCCUCCCCUUUCAGUACAUUCCUGUAUAAAGUAUUUUGCACUAUUUAAAAAAAGCGAAAAAGACAGAAAAAAAACCCCAGUCCUAUUGAUGACGUCAGAUUGUGCAAUAUAAUGCUAGUCACAAUGUUUAUCAUUGUACCUGUAUUGUAACUAAUAAUUUUAAAUGUACUAUUUUAAAUAUGUAAAAUAAAUUUUCACCAGGA